AUGUUAAAGAAGUAUUUCAGCUUCCCAAACACCACAAAAGUCAGUUUGAAAUACGAUUCGAUGCCGGAUUUCCCAGCCGUGACUAUUUGCAACUUCAACAACUGGGUACACAUAUGAAGUUCUGUUGUUAAAAAUUUUUUGUUGUCACUUCGUUAGGACUGGGUGGAGCUACAUAUGAAAAUGUAGACUUCACCUUGCACACUAACCAACUUAACACAAAAACCAUUUUAUUCGAUGAUGGGACAUCAAAUCAAGGAUACUAUGCAUUCUUGUCGGUGGAACGGUAAACAUACCUGCGAUUACAGGAAUUUCACUCCAGUUUUGACCUCUAUGGGGCUUUGCCACACAUUUAAUUCAGGUAUGUUUUGGGAUUUUUUGAUCUUAACAAGCCUUCUUUUUUUCUUUGAGAAUCUGCCAAGGUCUUCAUUAUUUAUGCAGAUGCUUUAUUUUCGAAGCAUCAGGGCUGUAAUUUGUGUUAUUUUGUUGUUGUUUUCAAGUCGAUCUAUAAUUACAACCGAGUGAUCUGGAACGUUUGCCAAGACGCAAAGAUUUAAUCCAUGUAGAUCACUGUUACGAUUACUGUUUGAUGGAAAAAUUCAUGUUCGGUGAAGUUGUUUACUUUAAAUGAUUAUAAAUUAUUAAUAUGGAUAAGUUGAGGGACUUACGUACGUACGGAGGGACGGACCGACCAAUGGGUGGAUGGAUUGAGUGAUUGAUUCUCAGAUUUUUCAGGGAAGGAUGGCCAAGGUGUUCUGAAGGUCAAUGAGGCAGGAGCAGACUCUGGACUUUCUUUGAUACUAAACGUACAACAAUAUGAAUAUUUUGGAAUUCAAGCAAUCAGCGCCGGCCUCAAGAUACGUGUUCAUCGUCAGAAUACUCUGCCUAUAGUUGGUCGGCUUGGAUUUUCUGUUGGUCCUGGCACAAGUGUAUUUGCAGGGAUACGAAAAAAGAGGGUAAGUUAUAUAAGGAAGGAGAGCGGUCUCUGUAAAUAUCAUAACCGUAGCAACCGAAUGGGCCUUUCCCGAUUGUGCUCGGCAACUUUUGGGUAAGCUUUGACGUUUGGAGUAUCCUUAAAUUUCGUCCCUAUUUGCGAGCAACUCCUUAAAGCUAGGUUCCAGCUGUUUUUUCUUGACCGAUGUUAGCAUUUAUUGUGAAGAACAAAAAAUAAAGCACUUAAUUAAUGUUCAUAUUAGAAUAUCAAGAAAUUCAGCUGGAAACUUUUUGGAUUUGGUAUCUCUUUAGCAUAGUUUAAGCAUUCCGGUGAGCAACUUUCCAGCAUUUUACGAGCACAAUCGGGACAGUCCUACGACCGAUUGCAAUCCAGAUCAUUAAUUUAGUUUAUUAAUUACUUGAUCAGCAAGCCCCUGAGACCACGUUUUCUUCUUUUUUUUGACACAAUCUCAUCGUUCUUUUUUAAUCACUUUGUUAAAAGUACAUCUCGAAUCAGCAGUGAUUUGUUACUUACGACUAUGAAUACGUGGACUAAAUAGAGGUAAUCCAAAAUGGCUUUCAGAAAUUUCUUGUUCACAGCUUAUGAAACAAUUUUCACAUUAGUAUUUAAACGUGACAAAAAAAAAGGCAACAAUUCUUCUUUUCCUACAGCCCUUUUCCAAUCUGAAACACCUCGAGGUUUUCUUUCUUUCUCUCUUUCUUUCUUUCUUUUUUUUUUUUUUUUUGUUUCAGUUUUAAAUGUCUUAUGGAAGCUUUUGGUCUGCCUCAAAGAGGGCCCUUGGAUCACUUAAGGCUCGAGUUUGUUGUAUCAAAUCAUAAGUCAAACAAAAAAUCAAUUCGUUCUACAAAAUAAUCCUUGAGCUUUACCAUCCCUCCGUCUACUUGUUGAAGGUUAUAAAUCUCCCAAAACCGUACGAAAGCAACUGCUACGAUGGAAAGAUGGAUGCCAUAACUGAUCACACGACGUACACAAUUUCAUCAUGUUUGUCGCUCUGUGAGACCAGGUCUUUGAUAAAAGAAUGCGGUUGUAGAAACAUGGAAAUGUCUGGUGAGUUUUCAAAUGAUACUCUUCUUAAUUAUUGAGCUUACCUUUGUAAUUUCUCGUUUGGAACGAUAAUACACUUACAAAUUGACAUUCAAGGGGGGAGGAGGGGAGGGAGGGGAGGGAUUUCACUCAGAAAUCUUCUGGAAGUUUGCUAACGUUUCAUGAAAGAAAGUAAUCCCCGAACUGAUACUUUCCUGUCUGCAAUGAAGAGCUGACGUUAAAUAAAUUUGGUCAAGAGGGUGAUAAGACUGCUUGGAAUUCUCUCUGCAAGGUUGAAAAGUUGAGUAGACCUUAAACCAAAGUAGUGGCAUUUGAAAAAUGUAUGAAAUUUAUACCUAAAUCAUACCCUUAAUAGACUUCUGAAAACUUUUUAAGCUCGAGACGAGUUUUUGGUUGGUACGAAAUAGUGAGGAAGACAACAUAAAGAGAGGGGAAAAUGACGUAUUCUCCACCGUUGUGAAACUAGGAACUUUGAAAAGUAAAGAAUUAAUCGUGAGGGCAACUCAUAACUAUUCAAUUAACUUAUCCGCUUCACAUUCGUUGUGCUAGCGUGCCUUUAGUAAUUCAACACAUUGCUGUUCAUGCACCAGCUAGUGCCAUAAGUUCGCACCGUUAAUACUUUAAUUACAUCCUGUUUCAACAGGACUCAACGGCACCAAACCCUGCAAAACCAAAAAAGAGUUGACUUGCCUUCUUAAAGCUCAAGGUUCGUGUAUAUCAUAUAUGUUUCCAAUUUACUUCUGGCCUCGGUUGUUCACUAUCCACUGGAUAAAUCUUCAUUUGCUGGAUAGCGCAGCACGCCUGUUUUUUUUUUUUUGGUUUGAUACACUUUUUCGCUGGAUAGCGUUAUCCGCCCAGGGCUUUAUGAUGUAUUUCUAAUAUUUGAGCAACCUGAUGCCAUUACCUCCUCAUUAUUUCAUAUUCCAGCUACCUUUCAAACCUUAAAGAAAAAUCAGUGUGAUUGUCCAGUGCCCUGUGGUGCGAUUUCCUAUGAACCCUACUUGUCAUACGCUGCGUUCCCUAGCGUAGGAUAUUUGUCGCGGUUUUUCAAAGCAGGGGAGAAUAACACUUACUGGACAGCAGAAAAAAUCAAACAAACACAACAAUGGUUAAGGUAAUCGUAUGUAAAUUAAGUUUGUUGGACAAAGCCUAACGUUUAUGGACACUAUAUAUAUACGGUAAAGAUAAACUCUGAUUGUAACUACUCACUUUUCCUGUAAACUCGAUCUUGAGGAAAAAAAAGAUAAAAAAUUUUGUGUCGCGAUCACAGCUAAUGUAAGUAUUAACAAUGAUAAUAAUGAUAAUGUUAAUUGACCUCUUCCCUAAUGGGGCUUUUAAACAUACCAGUUGACUAUAUAUAUAUAGCGCACCCAAGGAGUUAAACUUAAGGCAAAGAGAACAAGUCUAAUAAGUAGUGGAAAGUAGGGCUUAAACCCGACCCCCCUCCUGCGACGAUUCCGACUUCCCCCUCGUCCACCUCAAAAAUUCCAGAAAACUAAAACUUUUGUGGGUUGUUCCUGAGUGUGGGUCGAAUUCUUAUUUUUCAGGCUGACUGACCUAAUUUUAAAGUUAAGCAAAUUUGUAUGUCAACAACUUGUUCAUUAUCACCUUUUGAUAUUUGAUCAAUUAAUGGAUUUCUAUUUUUCUAUUAUAAACUCAUUUGAUUGAACUGAAUCCACCUUAUUCUUUAUAAUUCAAUAAGUAAUUUUAUUUUUACAGGCAGAACUUUCUAGAGCUGCGUGUUUAUUUCCAGGAUUUGAAUUACCAGGUUAUUGAGGAAACACCGGCCUAUGAAUUGGAAAGUUUGUUAGGUAAGUUCAUCUCUUCAUAUGUAAACAUCAACUUUCUUCUUAAUCUUUAAGGAUAAGUGUCUAUUUUGUAUUUAAACUUGUGCUUCUACUGCACUCCGUUACUCAUAAAGACGCCAUUUGCUGAAAUUUCACGCUAAAGCCCCGGUACAUCAUCUCGAGCCUUUGCUGUCACGCAGAUUUCUUUCACGUGAAUAAAUUGUCUCUUUUUCUUAUUCUCAGGCGAAAUCGGCGGUCAAGUUGGUCUUUGUGUCGGUGCCAGUCUCCUGACCGUGCUUGAGUUCUGUGACGUCAUACUUGGUAUCGUAAGAAUACAAAUGGGGUUGAGAUGA